AGCGCAGAGCUCAGCAGGAACAACCUGCUGCUCCCAGCUGAGCCCCGUAGCCACAGCCAUCCACGGGACACGGGGACAGGAGCGCAGCGCAGCACCUGCAAGGCACACAGCAGCGUGCCCGCAGCAUGGAGUGCGUUCAUGCCCCGUAACACCGCUGGAAAACAGCGAGCGGAGGAAGCCACUCGGCACCUUCAGUGCCUCCCUGGGUGAGGAAGACCACACAGCUGCUGAGGCCCUCGCGGACGCUUGGACAAGAGGAGGCCAGCCAAAAUGGCCUCUGUCUUUCGGAGUGAGGAGAUGAGCCUGAUGCAGCUCUUCCUGCAAGUGGAAGCUGCCUACUGCUGCGUGGCUGAGCUCGGAGACCUGGGUCUGGUCCAGUUCAGAGAUCUGAAUGCAAAUGUGAGCAGCUUCCAGAGGAAGUUUGUGAAUGAAGUGAGAAGGUGUGAAUCCUUGGAGAGGAUCCUGCGUUUUCUGGAAAAUGAAAUGGAAGAUGCUGUGGAGAUGAUAGUCAAACUAGAGAAGUACCCAGAGACCCCCCUGCCUCGGGAAAUGAUUGAUAUGGAGACAGUGCUGGAGAAACUUGAGGCUGAGCUGCUGGAAGCCAACCAGAACCAGCAAACACUGAAGCAGAACUUCCUUGAGCUGAUGGAACUCAAGCAUCUGCUGAAGAAAACCCAGGACUUCUUUGAGGCAGAAACCAAUCUGCCAGAUGAUUUCUUCAGUGAAGACACAUCUGGCCUGCUGGAGCUGAGGACCACCCCUUCUGCUGCAGCUGCCAAGCUGGGAUUCACAGCAGGGGUUAUAAAGAGGGAAAGGAUGAUACCCUUUGAGCGUUUGCUGUGGCGAGCCUGCAGGGGAAACAUCUAUCUGAGGUACACCGAGAUGGAUACCCCCCUGGAGGACCCUGUGACGAGAGAAGAGGUGAAAAAGAAUGUGUUCAUUAUCUUCUAUCAGGGAGAGCAGCUCAAACAAAAAAUCAAGAAGAUUUGUGACGGAUUUCGUGCCACAGUGUAUCCCUGCCCAGAGUCUGCCACCGAGCGCCGAGAAAUGCUUGAUGGAGUGAACACGAGGAUUGAGGAUUUAAACACAGUGAUAACCCAAACUGAGUCCCACCGCCAGCGGCUGCUGCACGAGGCAGCAGCCAACAUGUGGUCCUGGGAGAUCAAGGUAAAGAAAAUCAAGGCCAUCUACCACAUCCUGAAUUGCUGUAACAUUGACGUCACCCAGCAGUGUGUCAUUGCAGAGAUCUGGUUCCCAGUAGCUGAUGCUGGCAGGAUAAAAAGAGCUCUCCAUCAGGGAAUGGAGAGAAGUGGCUCUACCAUCACCCCUAUCCUGACCACCAUACACACUAGGAUGGCACCACCCACCUUCAACAGGACUAACAAGUUCACAGCUGGAUUUCAGAACAUUGUGGAUGCAUACGGUGUGGGCAACUACAGGGAGAUGAACCCAGCUCCUUACACUAUCAUUACCUUCCCCUUCCUUUUUGCGGUGAUGUUUGGGGACUGUGGGCACGGUGCUGUCAUGCUGGGCUUUGCGCUCUGGAUGGUCAUUAACGAGGAGAGCCUUCUGGCCCAGAAGAGCACCAAUGAGAUCUGGAACACUUUUUUCAGUGGGCGCUAUCUGAUCCUGCUCAUGGGCAUAUUUUCCAUGUAUACUGGCUUCAUCUACAAUGACUGCUUCUCCAAAUCAUUCAACAUCUUCGGCUCUUCCUGGCACGUUAUCCCCAUGUUUAAAAACAACACUUGGAAUAAGGAAGUGCUUCUCGACAACACGGUGCUGCAGUUGGAUCCGGCAGUCCCAGGGGUCUACUCUGGAAAUCCAUACCCAUUUGGAAUAGAUCCAAUCUGGAACAUUGCAUCAAACAAGUUGACUUUUCUGAACUCCUACAAAAUGAAGAUGUCAGUUGUGAUUGGGAUUGUGCAUAUGAUUUUUGGGGUGAUACUCAGUCUCUUUAACCACAUCUACUUCAAGAAAUACAUAAACAUUAUCCUGCAGUUCAUUCCAGAGAUGAUCUUUAUUAUAUCUCUUUUUGGCUACCUCGUCUUCAUGAUUAUUUUCAAAUGGUGUCAUUUUGAUGUCCACUCAUCACAGAGCGCACCAAGCAUUCUCAUCCACUUCAUCAAUAUGUUUCUGUUUAAUUACAGUGAUGCUUCUAAUGCUCCACUAUAUCUGCACCAGAAAGAAGUGCAGAGCUUUCUGGUCAUAUUUGCUCUGAUUGCUGUUCCCUGGAUGCUGCUAAUUAAACCUUUCAUCCUCCGAGCCAACCACCAGAAAGCACAGCGCAUGAUUCAAUCUCAAGCUCACCCAGGAAACACUGUGGGAGAAAAUGAAGUGAAUGCCCCAGAGACCAAUCACACCAAGAAAGCUUCCCAGGGAGACCACAGUGGUGGCCAUGAGGAUGAUGAAGAAGAGUUCAACUUUGGAGACACAUUUGUCCACCAAGCUAUCCAUACCAUUGAAUAUUGCCUUGGCUGCAUUUCCAACACAGCAUCCUACCUGCGGCUCUGGGCACUGAGCCUAGCCCAUGCACAAUUGUCAGAAGUUCUCUGGACGAUGGUGAUGCACAAUGGGUUAAACAACAGCAGCUGGGUAGGACUCAUUGUUGUCUUCAUCAUCUUUGCUGCUUUUGCAGUGCUGACGGUAGCCAUCCUGCUCGUCAUGGAGGGUUUGUCAGCCUUUCUGCAUGCCUUGCGCCUGCACUGGGUGGAGUUCCAGAACAAGUUCUAUGUGGGAGCUGGGUACAAAUUUUCUCCGUUCUCCUUCAAGCACAUCAUAGAUGGCACUGCAGAAGACUAAAGCCAGUGCAUUGAUUCUUCAUUUCUCAGACCAGGCCUUACUUCCAGGCUUUGGUUGCCCACAGAGUUGGUUAUUUACAGAGGUAUAGAAUGGGACAUAGCCCUUGAAAGAAGAUGAGCUGUACAUGGGAAUGUCCUAGCCCCAUUCCCAGUGAUAACACAGAUACUGCAUUAGCUGGGCUGGCUGGACCCUGAGCUGCAUAUAUCCACUGAUGUCUUUGCCAAGUACCUGGCCCUCAGCAUUUGAUCAGAUCAGCUGCCCACUGCUUGGUUAAAAAGAAGCAAUGCACUUUUUUUUUUUUUAAUUAAAUUGGUUAUUAAUAAUCAACUUGCAUGUGCUUCGCUCCA